AUGCCGGAAACCGCAUUCUUGACCCCUACUAAGUAUGGUGACCACUUAACGCCUUGCUUAAGAUCGGCAGAGCGAAGAGGUCCCACCUACAAUCAUCGUCACAGCAAUUCCCAGGUAAGGUUCUCCUUGCCCAAUGUCGAGGACGAGGACCCUACGAGGGACCUGGAGGAAGAACAACUGCACACGCCCAUAAAGCAAGCUUCCAAGAUAGUCUUUCCAAGAGAAGACGACGGAACUUUAGAGAACGAUAAGGCCAAGCAUUUUGUUGACCUUCCGCACAGAGUGAUGAUCGAUGUUCCAAACGAUAUAUGGGAAUUCCACAGCAAAGGGCGUAGUCGUGAGAUGCUAGCGGGCGAAGAACCACUCGAGCUGAAAAGGCCCAGUGCACGUCGCUCACAUCAACGAACUCAAUCUUUCCAAUCCAUCAUUGCUGAUACCAUACACGCUUAUAAGGACUCUAAUCGAACCGUGAACGCUACACAUAUGUCGCCAGUAAGACUCCCGCCCGAUACCUCGAAGUCCGGAACACUGUUUCUGCGCUCCGAUUCUCCUCUCAACAAAUAUAAAGUGGCAGUGCCUUUGGAAAUUUCGGUGCCGCCAUACUUAUCCCCCGACAAUCGUCACAAGAGGCGAAAUAGCGUGAUAUAUGACGGCGACGGCUACAGCGCCUAUUUGUCCGAAGAUGAGGGCGAUACAGAAGGGAGUAAUGGCAAUGAAUCUUGCAGUCGAGACAGCAGCGGUGUUGUUGAAGACAUCAGUGACAUUUCCAUCCCGUCUGCAUCACAUUCCAUAGUUUUUGAAGCCGGUCAAGAUGUUGAUACUUUUCUAGGUAUCGAUAAAGACGCCAACGUCAAUUUGAAGUCGCAAGUACGCAAUUUAAUGUCACCUAAUCGCAUCGGAAUGUCAUCUUCCUCACACCCAGGGCAGCAUACGCCUCAAGCCAAAUCAAGGCAGUCUUCGGCAAGCAAAACCAAUCCUGAUCAAAACGAUUCUCUCAAGAUAUUAGCAACACCCUCCAAAACUAUUGAAAUUCCAGACCUGCAUCAAAUGGUCAAGUCUCCUGGCAUGUUGCGAUCACCAAAUCACGCUUUCUUCGAUGAUUUAGGACCCGAGUUAUCUUACGAAAUGGAGGACACAUACGGCGGCACGCGAGGUGUUCUAAACCAGAGCUUUGAAUUCCCCGUCAUCAAAGAUUCGAAGGUCGCAAAACCUGGUGGUUUGACGAUUUACCCAGAAGGUAACUCUGAAGAUUUUAUAAAGAUACCAACCGCGACUGACAGCAUCGACUUUGAGAAAAGACAAAGUCAUCUAAUGAACCUUGCCUCCCAGACUGGCAAUGCAAGAAAGAGGCAUUCACACGCGAGAAGUCGCAGUAUCCGCAGCAUGCAAGAUCUCGAUUCUAUUGAACCAUCCCGUCCCCUUGAAAUUCCAGAAAGGUCUCCAUUGAGGCCGUCCAGCAUCUCGAGCCACGAGAGAAGUAGUUCCGCGACUAAUCUUUCAAAACUAUUUCUGGAUGGAAAUGAGGCUGUAGGUAGCACCCCAGCCGUGGGCCGUCAUCAGAGCAUUGCCAAAACUCUUCCCGAAGCUCGAUCGGAGCUAGACUCUCUAAGGCACGAGGUGGAGUACACCCAGAAUAAAAGUCCGGGCCACAGUGUAACGCCUAGCGUAGAUUCUGCCCAGCAUUUCUUCGAAAACGACUAUGAAAGUCGUUCAUUCUCCUCCAGCUCCUAUAAUGAGUUAACCGAUGAUGCCCAAGGGCUUGAAACGGGCGAACCAACAUCUGCCGAUGAUAGCAUCCAAAUCAUCAAAGAAGUUCAUUACAAUAGUACCGCCCCCCUUUCAACUUACAACUCUUUCAAGAUACCUUUAGAUGCCUCACAUUUCAAGAAGCAUGAGGAGCCAACAUCUAUGAACGAGAAACAUGGUAACGUUUCUCUUCCCAGUCGACAACUUUCGAACAAUUUCAGCAAUUCGUCUUAUGAGACGGAAAGCUCGCAACGGUCUCAUCAAACUUCUUUAACGUCGUACUCGGCGGCUAAUGACAAUGAAGUUGUUCGUGCCCCUACCAAGGCUUCAAAUAACAACCCUGUCGUGGCAUGGAAUCAAUCGUACAAUUCACCAUUUUUCACAGCACAAAACAGGAACACUAGUGCAUAUCAGCAUUUGCCUCUCAUCGGGAAACCCAGGCCCGCCGCCGCGAAUUUGGAUGACUGUCAAAUUUCAAGAGAGAAGAUUGGUGGUAGAUUUGUCGACGUUGUUAUAUUAGAUGAGCAAGAGACACCUAAGAAACCCAGUCAUCGGCCCAGAUCUUUCCACGAGGGAGCUCGAGAAAACUGUUUCGAAGUCAUGCAGAUGUGCGAUCAAACAGCUGACAGAGCAAAGGACGUCAUAUUGAGCCUAGUGGAGAAAAAAGUAGCGGCAACACGAUCAAUGGAAAAAUCGCCUAAUCGCCCUCUCCCCCCCUCCCUUUUAUUCCGUCACAGAUGA